CUGACCCAAGGAUUCUACAGGCAGCCCCCCGCAAAUUGCAGUACUACCGUGCGGGCAGUAGUCAGUGUAAUUGGUUAAACUGUGCGUUUUGCUCCCAGCCAGACGAAACACAUUCAGAUUCACUCCAAAACGCUGCGUAGCAGUUAGAUCGGGAGCGUCGUUUCAAGCCGAUCUCGUUGAACAGAAAGAGCGAUUAAAGAGAGGGAAUUCGAGGAAGACGACGCUGAUCAAAACAAUGGAGUUCAGAGUUAGAGAUUACACCACCGAACAAGAAUCCCGCGCGCUCCUUCGCUCACCUGCAGACACUCACCCUCUUUCCUCGCCGCCUUUAUCUCAUAAUCACCAGGAGGAUGCCGUGGAACAUAGAGAUAAUGAUUUCUUUGACCCACUGAGAGGUCCAGAGACUGAUGCAGCAGUUUCUAUAGAAAACUUUGAGGACGCUUCUACCCCAACUGAAGUAGCAAAUCAUGUUUCAGUGAAGGAAUGGAUCUCUUUUAAGAGAUUUUUGAUGCAGAGGUUUCCUGUCUCCAAAAUGGUUUCAAUUUCUUCAAUGUCUGAUGUGAUAAUAAAAGGUGGAGAAGCAUAUAAGAAAUCUUCAACAAGUUUGCAUCUAGAUGAGCUGGAUGUUUCACUAAAAAUUUCGGAAGAGGGUUCCCAAGUCAUAGCUCGACAGGAAUACCUAUCACGACUUCAUGGACUUAAAGAUGAAAUAAACCGUGCUUGGCACACUGAAGAUCGUGUUACAUCUUUGAAAUUGUCUAUAAAGGUUACUAGGCUUCUGAUGGAUACAUCAGUUCUUCAAUUUUACCCUACUCUAUUCGUUCUAGUGACUGAUUUACUAGACAUGCUUGGGGAUAUGGUAUGGGAACGUAUUAAGCAGAAAGCUGAAUUUUCUCAAGAUGGAGCUCUGAUCUGCUCCUUACCUGAGAAUUUUGAAGCAAAAAAUAUUUGUACUGAUGCGAAAGAAACUUGCUAUAACUGGUUUUGCAAAGUUGGUUCGAUUAGAGAGCUUCUUCCACGCAUUUACUUGGAACUGGCAAUAUUGCCUUGCGGUAGAUUUCUACUUGACCAACCAGCAGACAGUCUACAGCGCCUGGUUAUGAUGGCAAGAGGUAUAGGAGAUCCGCUGGCAUCUGCUUAUUGUAAGCUUUAUUUGUUCUAUAGCAUGUAUAAUUUUGGUCCUAAUUUGACAGGAUAUCUCGUUACUUGUGUUAAUGAUAUCAAAGCCAUACUGAUGCGGGUUUUCUCAUCAAAAGCAACGACAUUUGGCCAUUUUACUGACAAAAGUUUGCUUGUCAGUUUGAUGGAACCAACCAUUGGAUAUAUUAUGAAAUGCCUCUUUAAGGAAGCAUCACAGGCUGCCAGUGUGCUUGUGGAUCUUGGAUUAGGAAGGAAUCAAGUUGAAUUAUUUGGAAACAUCCCAUAUGUCUCAGUUGUUCUUCAUCAUUUACUAAAAGAACUUCCAAUUGAAUUAGUCUGCUCAUAUGCUGUAGAGAUCCUUCAUGUGAUAAAAAGCAGCAAUGAUGAUUCUUUUGAUCAGUGUUUAAAUUACAGGUUACUUGGACUCAGACUGUCUGAAAUGAGAUCUCAAGUGGGCAAUGUGAAUGACAUUGUUGACGAAGUUCUUCAGGUUGUUUCUCAAUAUGACAAAUGUGAUGAGUAUCUGAAGAUUGUGGACACUUUCUUGGAUAUUGUUCUUCAGUAUGAGAUGGAUAAUCAUCUGUCCACCAUCUUAGAUGGUAUUUCAAAGCGGAUAAAAAAUGAAGAGAUUGCUGACAAUGAAUUAGCAAGGCUGCAGUCCAUUUUGGUGAAACUUCUUUCUCAUUUCAAGGACUUGGCAGAUGUAAUUGCAUUGAACCAUUUCCUUGAGAUUUUAGAUGUGAUGCAUGGGAACUGGCAGAGCAAUGCUAACAUGCAUAUACUCAACACGGUGACAAGGAAUGGCUACAUACGUGAUCCAACAAUCAUACAGUUGCUUUUUGAAGUUUCUCAAGCCCUUCAUGAUGAGAUAGAUUUUGCAAAUGUGAAAGAUGAUAAACAACGGUCAGCGCGACUUAUUUCUUGUUUUGUCCAGAUGGUUGACUAUGGGGCAGAGUGGGAACGGCAUUUAACCUUUUUAGUUGAAUGUCGAGAAGCCUUUGGUAACAUCAAUGAGCUUAAGGAAACUCUUGUUCAUUCAAGCAAUUGUUUAGCAACUAAAGCCAUGAAAAGGGGAAGUCAUAUGAAUUUUGUCAGAUCUUGCAUGGCAUUCAGUGAAGUCACAAUACCAUCUAUUUCUUCUCAUAUCAGGCAACUAAACCUAUAUAUUGAAACUGCUGAGGUUGCCCUGUUUGGCGGUUUAGUUUCUCAUUUAGAUGGGCUGUUGGAUUCUGCAAUUGAUUGCUUACAAAAUGCAUCCCCUACGGAUGCCUUGAGAUCACCAACUGAUGUGGAUGGCCUAGUGUCCUCCAUACGAAAAUUGCUCAGCCUCUUGGUUAUGGUUCCAGGAAAUCCUGACAAAGGAGUUAUGUACAUCCCAAAAGACAUACUAUCUGUCAUCCGUUCUCAAUCAUGGAUGACAGUAAGAAUGAAAACAAGGAUAUUUUGCGGCAUAGUUUUAUUAUUGGCAGCACUUUCUCAAAGGAGGCUUCCAUACCAUGCAGGUCAUGCAGAGAUUAUGGGCAAUGACUACUUGUUCUUUGGUGAUUCAUCUUAUGUCCAUGAGCUUACUUCAUUGACUGAAGUUAUUCUUCAGAACCUAGUUGAUAUGAUUGAACAAGAGCCUUCACGGGUUGUUCGUGGAAGCACGGCACUCGAAGCCUGCAAUUGCAUAGCAACGGCCCUUAAAACGAAUCACAAUGUAUCGCUAAUCUGCUCCAAAUUGAUUGAAACUGCCAAACUGUGCCUGAAUACCAAGGACAAAUAUCUGCAGUGUACCAUUAAAUUUCUAGACAGGAUGUCUGCUUCUUCUGUUGGGACACGUCCUCUAAUCCUGUGAUGCUUCGGUGAAGGUCUAUUAAGAUGUAUGCCAAGUUAGGUGAAUGUGCAGCGUGAGUUGGAGGAAUACAUUAUACAUACUACAGAAGAAGAUUGCCGAAGAAAUGUCUUUUUUUUUUUUUUUGGUUUUUAGGUCUUAUAAAUAUUCAUUUGAUUCUUUACUGUAAUAAUUCAUUAUUCUUUAUAGAAAGAUUAACUCAAGAAUUGUAAGCCUUAAUAACUUUUCAUUUCUAGGUGUAAUGCAUUGUAGUUCUCUCUCAAUCACCCCGGUGCGUAAGCUAUAGUACCUUUUCAUUUAUACAUAUAAUGCAAUUAUAGUUCU